ACAAUUAGGGGAGCUCAAUACAAAAUCAAGGUGACAGAGGAGGAAUCAACAGAGCACUUGUUUAGAUUAAAAUCAGAUUAUGCUAUUAGCAGCCACGAGGACUCAGAGGAUAGUGAGUCUUGGUCGUUGGGGAGUAAAGCACAUUCAAUGUAUGGAGAGGAAGCUUAUGGUGUUGAGGGUAGAAGCUCACACUUUGUGGAAGAACAGGAUGCAAUGAAAGUUGCAGAUGAUGACGUGGCAUUUGCACGUUGGAGGGAAGAGGACAAGUCAGUAAAUCAAAGGGAGGAUGAAGAAGACAGAAAAUCAAAAGAAAAAUUGGACAGUAGAGUGGCGGUAGAUUUCUCACAAGCCAGCAAUUUGAAUUCAGAGUCUUUGGAAGUGGUGCCUGAUAGCUUGAUGUGGUUAGAGUUCCAAGAGGCGGCCAAUGGCAGGGAUAAUAAAUGUCAAGCACAAGGAGAAGUCACGGGAAUUCUAGAAAGGGGUGAAGAUGACGAGCUAACCAAAAGAGAAACUGAUGGGCCAAAUGAAGAUGGGCUGGUUGCAAAAAAUACUCAAAUUAGUGAAAAAGACAUCAUGGGAGAUCCUUCGGGAGGAAGGCCAAAUGGGCUGAUGGCUGAAAAGGGCCCAAAGGCUCAAAAUAGUGAUGCUAAUACAAAGGAAGACGGACUGGAUGAAAAAAACAAAAGAAAUAUUGGGAAACCAAUUAAUACAAAGGAGGCUACAGGAAAUUUCUGGAAAGAAACCGACAGUGACUUAGGGGGGACUGCCGAUUGGAUAGACAGGGCUAAUAGACAAAAUUUGAGGAGUAAGCCGAAGAGAAAGAAAGCAAGGAAAGCAAGAUUGUGCCUAGAGGUCUACAAAAAGUCAAGAAUAUGCAAGGAGGCAGCGAUUCAGAAAAGAGGGAAGGGGAAGAGAGGUCAUGCAUGUAGUUUGACGGAGAAAAUUCCAGAGUUUAUACCAGGAUCACAAAGUUUGACAGCAGGUGCCUCAGUGGGUGACAGUGACAUCAUGAAGAGGAACCAAAGUCUUCGAGCAAACCAGAAGCACAGAGGGGCAAAAGAAAUCUGGGAGACUGCAAAGGAAAUUGGGCUGGUGGCAAACGGGAAUGAAGAAGCGAUUACCCAAAAGAUAGAGCAAAUGGAAAUCAGAGAUCGGAAAGCAAAAGAUGGCUUGAGGAAGCAGUGUGAUGAGAAAGAUAAAACAGGUAUUUUGGCUCCUGAAUGAUUAUUUUAUCUUUAAAUGCAAGAGGAAUAGGGGGUGGGGGGAAGAAAAGAGGGAUCUUUAA